GUUUGAAAUUAAUUUGCUCUGUGAUCCUGGAGACCAAAUCGCUCUCCAUUUUAACCCCCGCUUCGCCAGCUCCAGAAUCGUCUGCAACUCCUUCCUCGCCAAUCACUGGGGGAAGGAAGAGGUUAAUAACACCUUCCCCUUCGAAGCAAAGGAGCCGUUCCAGGUUGAAAUCUACUCUGACCAGGACUAUUUCCACAUUUUCAUCGAUGAAAACAAAAUUUUGCAGUACAAGCAUCGGCAGAAGCAGCUUUCAUCCAUUACCAAGCUGCAGAUUCUCAAUGAUAUUGCCAUUUCUUCAGUGGAAAUCAUCAAACGAGGCCUUUAA